UACCCUUGUGCAUCUACGUGCGCCUGAAAGGAUAAAUCCAGCUUCUGCACUAUUCUCUCUCUCUUUCUCUGUCACACACACAGACACACACACACACAGAGUUACUGCUCUUUGCUGACCCUCACUAUAAUACACACACAUUUAAAACACACACACUCUACAGAGGACCGCAGUUGGUUGACUUUUCAGGUGCUGUGGAACUUACUAAAUUGGCUUCAUGGAGGAUUAUCACAAACCUGACCAGCAGACAGUCCAGGCGCUGAGGAACAUCGCCAACCGCCUACGAAUCAACUCCAUCAAAGCAACGACUGCAGCAGGCAGUGGACACCCAACAUCAUGCUGCAGCGUGGCAGAAAUCAUGUCGGUGCUUUUCUUCCAUACCAUGAAGUACCGCCCAGAGGAUCCCAGGAACUUCAACAAUGACCGCUUCAUCCUUUCCAAGGGUCAUGCUGCCCCAGCCCUGUACUCCAUGUGGGUAGAAACAGGAUUCCUGAAGGAAAGUGAGCUGCUCAGCCUGUGUCAGGUGGACUCCACCCUGGAGGGCCACCCUACCCCUAAGCAGCAGUUUGUGGAUGUAGCCACUGGCUCCUUGGGUCAGGGUCUUGGUGUGGCCUGUGGAAUGGCUUACACUGGAAAAUACUUCGACAAAUCCAGUUACCGUGUGUACUGCCUGCUGGGGGAUGGCGAGAUGUCGGAGGGUGCUGUCUGGGAGGCUAUGUCCUUCGCCUCCUACUACCAGCUUGACAACCUUGUGGCCAUCAUGGACAUCAACCGUCUGGGUCAAAGCGACCCGGCCCCACUGCAGCAUCACGUAGAAAAAUAUCAGAAACGCUGUGAAGCUUUUGGCUGGCAUGCCAUCAUUGUGGAUGGACACAGUGUGGAGGAGCUUUGCAAAGCUCUGAGUCAGCCACGCCAUCAACCCACUGCCAUUAUUGCUAAAACCAUCAAGGGCAAAGGCAUUCCAGCUGCAGAGGAUAAACAAGGCUGGCAUGCCAAGCCCCUGCCCAAAGAUAUGGCUGAGAUGGUGGUGAAGGAUCUGCAAAGCCGCAUCAUGAACAGCAGCAAGCACCUUUACCCAGGUGCUCCCAUGGAGGACUCCCCACCUGUCAGCUUGAGGAACAUCAGGAUGCCCAGCGCUCCCAGCUACAAGGCUGGAGAAAAGAUUUCCACACGCAAGGCUUAUGGGAUGGCGCUUGCUAAGUUGGGUCGUUACAAUGAACGUGUUGUGGCUCUUGAUGGAGACACCAACAACCUCACCUACUCCGAGAUCUUCAAGAAUGAGCAUCCGAACCGUUUUGUGGAGUGCUACAUUGCUCAGCAAAACAUGGUCAGCGUUGCCAUGGGCUGUGCUGCUCGUGAGAGAAACCUUGUGUUUGCCAGCACUCUUGCUUCCUUUUUCACCCGCGCCUACGACCAACUCCGUAUGGCGGCCAUCUCUGAGAGUUGCAUCAACCUGUGUGGCUCCCAUUGUGGCUUGUCUACUGGAGAGGAGGGACCCUCUCUCAUGGGUCUAGAAGACGUGGCUAUGUUCAGGGCUCUUCCCACAGCCACUAUAUUUUAUCCCUGUGAUGGCGUGUCUACAGAGAAAGCUGUAGAACUGGCCGCAACAACAAAGGGUGUUUGCUACAUCCGAACCAGCCGCCAAGAUUGUGCCAUCAUCUACAACAGCAAUGAGGACUUCCAUGUUGGACAGGCUAAGGUGGUGUACCAGAGCAAGGAGGACCAGGUGACAGUGGUGGCGGCUGGAGUGACCCUUCAUGAGGCUCUGGCUGCAGCUGAACAUCUAAAGAAAGAGAGGAUCUCUGUCAGGGUGAUUGACCCCUUUACAAUUAAACCACUGGAUGCCAAAACCAUCAUGGACCAUGCCCGCGCCACCAGAGGACGCAUUCUCACUGUGGAAGACCACUACUAUGAAGGUGGCCUUGGGGAGGCAGUAAGCUCUGCAAUGGUUAAUGAAUCAGGCUUCAGUGUCCAUCGUCUGGCUGUAUCCCAUGUCCCCCGCAGUGGCAAACCACACGAGCUGCUCAAAAUCUAUGGUAUUGACCGUGAUGCCAUUGCCCAGGCUGUCCGCAAGAUGCUCAGUACCUCUACUAAUGCCAAGUAAUGUUUUUGCCUGCCCCACAAACCCACCUCUCUAAUCACAUAAUGACAGGUGAAGAUAACCAGUCCAUGUUUUCUGUUUUUUCAUUUUGCAUAACACCCAGCUCUUUAUAUUCCCUCACUGUGAAUGCCCCUAAGUGUGUACUGAAGUAAUGUGAUUUUGUGCCGUACACUUUGAUGUAGACUUCCACAUUUACCUUUGUUUCAUGCAUCUUUCACAUCACACACAAGAAACAGAAAUGCAAAACCAACAUAUUCUCAUCCUUGAACUCAGCAUUGUGAUAAAUCCAUUUCAUUAAUCAAAAUGUGGCCAUAACUAACCUCGUUGGCAGAUACCGGUGGAAAAAAAAAAACUCUGUGAUGCUCUUAUGUGUUUUUUAAAUGCUUUUUCAAAAACUUCAUUCAACUGCUGUUUUUAUAUUGUACUAAUGUAGCACUUAAUGUCUGGGGCAUAGUAUCAGCAUAUGUAGGUGUUUAUCAGGACAGACAGAAGCUAAUAAAGUUGGUGUUUGUAGAAGCUAGUGGAGAAAAAAACAAAUGUAGGUUGGUCAUGAAGAGCAGUCACACAAAACAUUUCACAUAUUUAGACAAUCUAAACCUCUGCUUUUUCAAAAGGUUUGUCAUUUCUCUUCAGCACUGUCUUUUGUUAUUGAUUUCAAAGGUACAAUAAACCUACACACCUUAAUGUUCAUUUGUGCCAUAGCUGUACAUUUGGACCAUACCAGCAGUGUGAUGAUUAUUGUUCUGUGCUCAGUGAUGUAUAAUCUUUUCUUUAAAUGACAUGGAGGGGUAAAAGUUCCUCCACAGCUGAUGAGAACAUGGUUUACUGUGACUAUGAAAGUAGAGUUACAUUUUACUUGUGAACCCAAGAACAAUUUCAUUUGUUACUUGAAAUUUUGUAUGUAUCUUACUUUCAUGUAAUAAAGCCAUCUGCAUUUGA